AUGAGCAGGGAGGCGCCGGCCUGGGGGACGCCGAACCGUCCUGCCACGAGUCCCCCACCGCCGCCCGACCCACCCCCUCGGCGAUAUCGCUCGUGGUGCGGCGGGCGGCUGGGCGACGCCGAGAGUUUGGCCCUGGCGCACGAGGGCCAGCUCCUGGAAGUUUGCGAGCUGUGCCACCUCCUCGCGCUGGCCAGGCAGCGCGCCUGGCAGGCGCGACUCACGCCGCGCGAGCGGUCGGUGCUGCUGGAGCAGGCGCGGUACCUCACGGCGGUGCUCGCGGCGCUGGCUGGGCUGUUCGAUGCCCCCCAAGGCCUAGGGAAAGGCAAAGGCAAAGGCUGA